GGCGGCGCUGGAAGCCACGGCGACGCCCAACAAGUGGACGAACAAAAGGAAAGGGAGAGCUAGCGCUAGCGGCGGCCCGAAAAAGCCUCUUAGAAAUUUUUAGUUGGUGGUAGUAGUUCGGCUGGCAGCAUUAGUCGUGUGCGGAUUAGACGAAAUACAAAGAAGUGAUCGUCAUCGGAAGACAGAGGCAGGAAUAAACGAAUUUUUCAUUGAUGUUUGUGUAAUAAACGCUUGUCCGCGUUAGUUGCUGCUGGUACGUUUCGUAGUAACAUGAAGACUGUCAUUGUAGUUUCUCUGAGGGCGGAAAGUGCUCAAGUGUUGGGCGUAGAAGACGUUGCUUGAAUAGCUUCACUGGAAAAUUUUUAAUUCCAUACCGAAGCAUCAACUUUACUUUGACUUUUGGUUAGCCAGAUAUAUCGAAUCAAGGACAUACUGACAAAUCUUUCCCGUGUUACUUGUUGAGACAACAAAAGAGCGUGAACUAGAAGGUUAACAAAGGUGGCGAAGGAAACGUGGGUUUGGCGUGUGCCGACAUCGUGUGUCAAGUUAGUCACUUUCUGAACAUUUUGCAGUGACACAACCCACGUGUGGCAGUCUACGAAAACAAGCCACCUCGUAGAAUGUAUCGACAUUAGUGAGCUGAUUCGUCGAUAAGGAUUAUCGUUCAUACAUUGACCGAGUUACCAGGGGAGGUGCGCGAAGGAGCCAAAUCGACGUCGACAGGCGAAAAAGUUCAAGGGAAAAGCGAAAGUUGUUCGAAGAGGCUGUCGGACCAAUAAGAGGCAAAAUGGUCGGAGAAGGACCCGGUCUGUGUGUUUUAAAAUGUGCCCUCUAUCUCCUCAACACAGUUCUCACGAUCAUGGCAAUCAUAAUCGUAUGUAUAGGAGCAGGUGUCAUCUACAUUAUGAAUCAGGUUAAUCCGGACCAAAUCAAAAUAGAUUUUUCAAGCGCAAGCAUCCUGGUCAUUGUCAUAGGAGUUCUCAUAAUUCUAUUCGUAUUUUGCGGCUGUUGUGGAGCAUGCCUUAGUGCUGGAUGGAUGCUCAUUUGGUUCUCGGUCAUUUUGGGAUGUUUACUGAUAGCUGAAUGUGUCGCGGUCGGCCUCGGAUGGAAGUAUGCGGAUCGACAAGAGUUCUCGGGCCUGAUGCAUGGCGUUUUUUCCAGCCUAUUAAGUACUGCUGAAACGGCCAAAAAACAGGGCGAGCAGGCGGAAGUUGUCGCUCAAGCCACUCUAAACUUUUUCCAGGAGAAGCUCAAGUGUUGCGGUGACAACGGCCCAAACGAUUAUACGCAGCGCGGCAUGAGACCAGAAGACUAUUGCAGCAAGCCUAGUGGAGGUAUUUACGAAGAAGGUUGUACAAAAGUGACGGCAGACUUCAUCGAAACUCACGGCUCUACAAUUGGCAGCGUCGUUCUCGGAACUAUGGCUGUUCAGUUACUCGCGAUUUGUUUGGCGAUCUUCCUUUACUUCACUAUUGCCUAAAGAGCAGAAAACAGAACGACACACUGUACGGUGAUUUCUAUGCCUACAUAACGUCCGAAGGCCGAAAUCUAGUACUUAUUAUCGCAGUAUGUCCAUGAACCGAGAUGGCGACACAAUUCAACAGACAAAAAAAGCCUGUCUAUACGUGUCUCGUAUCGAGAAAUACGAACGCGUGGCAAAGGCGAGUUUGAUUGUUAUCAUAACUCAUCUACCUAACCUUGUGCUUAGUUUUAUCGUGUAUAUAUUACAUCGAAUAGGAACAAACAAAAGUGUACGGUGCAUGGGUUAAUCUGGCAAAUUCGUAAGCUACAGACUCUUGAAAAGGCACAAGAAAGGCAUGGAGUAAUGUCCGUAAAAUAUGGACACGUUCCGCUUAUUUAUUAAGCUCAUAUAUUUAUAAUAAUGAAAUGUUAUAGCUAUAUAUGGAUGUUAUAAAAUAUAAGAGCAGAUAUAUACAUUAAUGUGCAUGUGCCCCUUAAUCUAUGUGCGCAUCGCACAACAUUAUACCGUUAAUUAUUGGAACUGAAAGGGAAAGCUGCAUUAAACGAAAAAGAUACGAACCCACAAUAAUAACGUGGUUUUGGACGUGAACGAUUUAGUAAAGAGGUAGGCUGCUACAUAGCUUCAGACAUGUUUUUAUGACGCUGCAAACUGUUUUUCAUUAUUUCAAGGGAAAUCGUGGUAAAAUAGAGUAAAGCAAUAUCGAAACCUUGUUUGAGAAAGCUUUCGGUUUCCCGUAUACUUUGUUGAUGUCUUUUAACUGUCGCGCUUGCUACUGUUUCUGAUCUAAGCAGCUAAAGUAGUCAUAGACUAUUUCUACAGUUGUUUGUAUUAUUUUAUAAUCAUCGUUACCAAAACAUUGUAACAGUUUCCUCGAAUGUAAGUUGAGGUACGUUUGGUCAUCACAGGUCUGUCAAUAUUUUGCUUUUCUCUGCCGCUGUUUGUCCUGUUGUCAACUUUUCGAAAUUAUAAUGCGUUGAUCUUUGUAAGAGGAAGCGAACAUUGAGCUGGGCUCUGUCCUUCUUGGAAUCAUGUUUUCUUCGCCCCUGUGCACAAGGCUAAACAACAGAACGUCUUCGUUUAGCCAUGUUUUUCAACAAUUCAAUGUUCAAUUUCUCGCAGCAACAAAUAUCAAUAAUAGCAAGUAUUGCUGCCAGCGUAGCCAGUAAAAACGGCCAAAUUGUGUGUCUUUAACAAUAUACAAUAGUCAGUUUAGAUAAGCAAUUACAGAUUUUUAAUCUAAUGCAAGGAAAAUAGUUGUGACCGGCCAUUAAUUAUAGCUCUCUUUAGCCAUUAUUGUAAGAUAGCAGUGUUUGAACUUGUCUCGAUGUAAGUAGUCGAAUCUUUUCUCCACUCAAGCAAAGUGGCCGUUGUUGUCAAAAUGGAUCCGAAGCUGUAAAGGACAAAUGAAAAGGGGCCUAAUCGCCUCUUUGAAAAGAGAGCGUCUAUUAAUGAUCAUUAUCAAGCUAUUCUCUCUUUUUUUUUUCUUACCUCAAGCCGUAAACACAAGAAUAAUGCUGCGAUAAGUGAAUAUGUUCGGGCGUUGUUGUACACGGAUGGUAAUUAGAUCUACUGUAUAGGCAAGGAACAAAUA